AUGGUGAGCGCGUCGCCGGCCGAGGGGAUCCAGCCGCUGUCCAAGAUCGCCAUCCACAAGGCCACCGUGGACCUGCACGGCUCCGCGUACGUGCGGGCGACGCCGGCGUUGCUCGGCGACCAGUAUCAGUACGCCAACUACUCGGCCAACUACCGCUACUGGGGCAAGGGCACCAUCCGGUUCCAGAUCAUCAACCAGCGCUCCGACUUCUCCUUCGCCCUCUUCACCGGCGGCUUCGAAAAUCCCAAGCUGGUGGCGGUGUCGAAGCCGGUGGCGUUCAAGAACCCCAAGGCCCCGGUGUUCCCGCGGCUGGCGCAGGGCAAGACCCACGACGAGAUGACGACGAUGUCCAGAAACAAGAGAAGCUCACGAGUGUGGUUCAUGGUGUGUUUUCAUUUUCAUCCAGGCGAGCCGGCGAGGACGGUUGGGUGGAGAGACCCCGGGUUCAUCCACACGGCCUUCAUGAGGGACCUGUGGCCCAACAAAGAGUACACUUACAAGAUCGGGCAUGAGCUCUCCGACGGUACCAUGGUGUCGGGAAAGCCUUACACUUUCCGGGCGCCGCCAACCCCUGGACAAAACUCGCUGCAGCGCAUCAUCGUCUUCGGUGACAUGGGAAAGGCGGAGAGGGACGGAUCGAAUGAGUUCGCCAACUACCAGCCGGGGUCAUUGAACACGACGGACACGCUGGUCAAAGAUUUGGACAACUACGACAUCGUCUUCCACAUCGGCGACAUGCCAUAUGCCAACGGAUACCUCUCCCAAUGGGACCAGUUCACCGCACAAGUCGCCCCCAUCAGCGCCAGGAAGCCCUACAUGGUUGCGAGUGGUAACCAUGAGAGGGACUGGCCCAAUACCGGUGGAUUUUUCGAUGUCAAGGACUCUGGCGGCGAGUGCGGCGUACCGGCCGAGACUAUGUAUUACUACCCAGCUGAAAACAGAGCAAAUUUCUGGUACAAGGUGGACUACGGGAUGUUCCGGUUCUGCGUGGCGGACACGGGGCACGACUGGCGAGAGGGGACUCCACAGCACAAGUUCAUCGAGGAGUGCCUCUCCACGGUGGACCGGAAGCACCAGCCAUGGCUCAUCUUCGCGGCGCACCGGGUGCUGGGCUACUCGUCCAACGCGUGCUACACCACGGCCAUCCCUAGGUGGAGCGUCUUCAGGGAUCAAGACUAUGGCUUCGUCAAGCUCACGGCCUUCAACCACUCGUCGCUUCUGUUCGAGUACAAGAAGAGCAGCGACGGCAAUGUCUACGACUCCUUCACCGUCGAUAGGGACUACCGCAACGUGCUCAGCUGUGUGCACGACAGCUGCUUCCCCACCACACUCGCUCUCUGA